AUGGCAGACUGCUCUUGGAGUUUUGUGCUGAACAGGAACUCCGCAUUACCAAUUCUGUCUUUCAACAAAAAAGCCAGAUUCAAGACCACAUGGCAACACCCAUGCUCAAAACAUUGGCAUCUACUGGACUACAUCCUUGUCCACCAGAAAGACUUGUCAGAUGUACUUCACACUCGGGUCAUGCCCAGUGCUGACUGCUACACAGACCACUGUCUUGUUAGAAGCAAACUUUGCCUAACCACUCAACCCCCACCUAAGAAGAAAGGUCUACAAGCAAAGAGGUUGAACAUAGAGAGGCUCAUGAGCCAGAGGGAGAUGUUUCAACAGGCAGUGGCAGAGAAACUGCAAGCCAAAACAGAAUCCACAAGACCAAAUGAUGAAGUGUGGAUAGACCCAGAGACACAGUGGAAGAACCUCAAGACAGUGCUGCAGUCAACAACAGAGGAGAUUGCUGGAUUCACCUCCAGGAAGAACAGGGACUGGUUGGAUGAAAGUGAUGAUGUCACCCAGGGCCUCUUAAAGGAUAAGCAUGCCUAUUUUGAGAGAUGCCUAGCAAGACCUAAUGAUCCAGCAGCUAAAGAAGCAUACAGAAGAGCAUGCCACAGAGUGCAGAGGAAUGGCAGCACCCUUCUUACUGACAAAGAAUCCAUCCUGCAUUGCUGGACAGAGCACUACGGGAACCUCGUUGGAUACAAGAGCCUAGUCCAAGAAGAUUCCAUCAUAAGAAUCUCCCAGCAGCCAGUCAGGGAAGAACUCAAUGCUCCACCAACUCAAGAAGAAGUGAAGAUUGUGAUAAAGAAGCUCAAGUGCCACAAAGCCCCAGGUGUGGACAGCAUACCAGCCGAAGUAUACAAGCUGGGUGGAGACACUCUCCAAGCAAAACUCACAGAAUUCUUCAGGACCUGCUGGGAACAAGGAUCUGUGCCGCAAGACUUGCGUGAUACCAUCAUCGUCUCACUCUACAAUAACAAAGGAGAAAAAUCAGACUGCUCCAAUUAUCGAGGUAUAACUCUGCUAUCCAUUGCAGGAAAGAUACUGGCCCAAAUCAUCCUCGACCGGCUGAUUCUAACAAUUGCUGAGGACAACCUCCCAGAGAGUCAGUGUGGCUUCAGAGCCAAGAGAGGAACCACCAAUAUGAUCUUCGUGCUUCGACAAAUCCAAGAAAAGUGCAGAGAGCAAAACAUCGGCUUAUAUGCAGCAUUUGUUGAUCUUACGAAGGUGUUCGAUACUGUCAGCAGGAGUGGCCUUUGGAAGAUCCUCAGCAGACUCGGUUGCCCUCCCAAGCUUCUCAUGAUUGUCCAACAAUUGCAUGAAGGACAGAAAGGCCAAGUCAAGCUGAACGGAGACAUGUCUAACACCUUCCCCAUUGACAUCAGAGUCAAGCAAGGAUGUGUCUUUGCCCCCAAGCUGUUUGCUGUGUUCUUCAGCAUGAUGCUCAGAGAAGCCAAACAAGAUCUGGCUGAGGGAGUCUGCAUCCGGUACCACACAGACAGAAGUAUCUUCAACCUGAGAAGACUGCUGGUUCGAACCAAGACAUGUGAAAAGAUGGUACUAGACCUACUCUUUGCUGAUGACUGCACCCUCCUAGCCCACAGUGAAGAUCUACAGCGAGUGGUUAACAACUUUGCAAAAGCUGCAAGUGCCUUUGGCCUGACGAUCAGCCUCAAGAGGACAGAGAUUCUCCAUCAGAAAGCUCCUGACACCAUGUAUAACCCCCCUCGCAUCACAAUCGAUGGCAAGUCACUCAGCGUUUUAGAGGAUUUUACCUACCCAGGGAGUGUUAUCUCCAACAACGCCACAAUCUCAAAGGACAUCGACAAAAGACUCAAAGUGAACUGUUCCUUUGGCAGGCUACAGAAACACAUCUGGGACAGCCACUCUCUCCACAUGCCCACCAAUAUCCUCAUGUACAAAGCCACUGUCCUGAUGACCAUUCUCUAUGGUUGUGAAGCAUGGGUGUUGUACCGUAAACACAUCAAACUCCUUGAGCAAUUUCACCAACGAUGCUUCCGCACCAUCAUGAGGAUAAGGUGGCAAGACUACACCAUGAACAACACAGCGCUGGAACAGGCCAACUUGCCUAGUGUGGAAGCCAUCAUCCUCAACAGACAGCUGAGGUGGGCAGGAUACAUGUGCUGCAUGGAUGACAGCCAUCUCCCCAAAGCCAUUUUCUUCAGAGAGCUUAGUGAGAGGAAAAAGGAAAGCUGCAUGACAAAGGGAGAAAAUUGCUAUAUCCUGGAAAAACCAGCAUAUCCUCUGUUGUCGAAAGAUGGAGAUGUGAUAAUUGGAGCUGUCUUUUCAAUACAUAGUAGUACUCAGAUGCAGUCAAUACAAUAUACUGAAAAACCUCAACCUUUUAUCUGCAUUAGAUUUAACCUGAGAGAAUUUCGAUUUGCUCAGUCCAUGAUUUUUGUAAUUGAAGAAAUCAACAGAAGCAACAGCUUGCUCCCAAAUAUUUCAAUUGGGUACAGGAUUUAUGACAAUUGUGGCUCAAGAUUGUUAUCUAUGAAGGCAGCCAUGGCUUUGAUGAAUGGUCAGGACAUAACAGCGGAUGAUGCCUGCUCUGGGCAAGCAGUAGUACAAGCUAUCAUCGGGGAGUCAGAGUCUACUCCUACCAUAGCACUCACAAAAACUACAGGGCCUUUUAAGAUGCCAGUGAUAAGUCAUGCUGCCACAUGUGAAUGCCUGAGCAACAGAAAAGAGUAUCCCUUUUUCUUCAGGACCAUAGCGAGUGACUACUACCAGAGUAGAGCACUGGCAUAUUUGGUCAAGCACUUUGGUUGGACUUGGGUGGGAACUGUGAACAGUGAUAAUGAUUAUGGCAACAGUGGAAUGGCCAUUUUUCUGAAUGCAGCUAAAGAGGAGGGAGUAUGUGUUGAGUACUCUGAGAAGUUUGAUCGGUUAGAUCCUGAGAAAAUCAUGAAAGUGGCUGAUAUUAUAAAGAAAGGCACAGCCAAAGUAAUUAUUGUAUUUCUUGCCCACAUCGAUAUGAAUAUUCUAAUAGAACAUCUUAUUUUAAAGAAUGUGACUGGCUACCAGAUGAUUGGUGUUGAAGGAUGGAUUACUGCUGUCAAUCUUGUAACUCCAGCAAGUUACAACAUAUUAGCUGGAUCCAUUGGAUUAGAUGUGGGAAAAUUGAACAUUGGUGGUUUUGCUGAGUAUGUUAUAAAAGAGUUUUGGCAAACAGAAAUCCCUUGCAUACAUACAAAUGAAAACAUUUCUCAAACUGAAAACAACUGCAGGAAAUAUGAAGACAUGUUUACAUUUAAAAAUUACAAUGACGAUGUAUCAGAAUUGAGAUAUGCAAAUAACAUUUACAAUGCAGUUUAUGCUGUGGCACAUUCUCUACACACCCUGAUGACAUGCAAAGAAAAUCUGAGUUGCGAGAAAGACAAAAAAAUACAAUCAUGGCAGGUUGGUAAGUCACUAAAAAAGGUCAAUUUUACCACCAAAAUUGGAGAACAAAUUUGGUUUGACAACACUGGUGCAACAGCUGCAAAAUAUGAUGUGGUGAACUGGCAACGAGGGUUCAGUGGAGAAGUCCAGUUUAAGGUUGUGGGCUAUUAUGAUGCCUCUCUGCCAACUGGACAACAGUUUGUCCUAAAUGGUGAAGAUAUAGUUUGGGCUGAAGAGAAAACAGAGCCAAGGUCUGUGUGCAGUGAAAGCUGUCCUCCAGGCACCAGGAAAGCUCCACAGAAAGGAAGGCCUGUCUGCUGCUAUGAUUGUAUACCAUGUGCAGAGGGAGAGAUCAGUAACCAGACAGAUUCAAAUAACUGUGAGAAGUGUCCAGGAGAAUAUUGGUCUAAUGCUGAAAGAGAUGAAUGUGUGUUAAAAGUCAUAGAGUUUCUUUCAUUUACAGACAUUAUGGGGAUAAUACUGGUCCUUUUUUCUUUGUUUGGAGCAGCAAUAAGUGUGUUAGUAGCUAUUUUAUUUCUAAUUAAAAAAGACACUCCCAUUGUUAAGGCCAACAACUCAGAGCUCAGCUUCCUACUGCUCUUCUCUCUGACUCUGUGUUUCCUCUGUUCACUUACAUUUAUCGGAAGGCCCUCUGAGUGGUCCUGUAUGCUGCGACACACAGCAUUUGGGAUCACAUUUGUUCUCUGUAUCUCAUGUGUUCUGGGUAAAACAGUAGUUGUGCUAAUGGCAUUCAGAGCUACACUUCCAGGCAGUAAUGUCAUGAAAUGGUUUGGACCUUCACAGCAGAGAUUCAGUGUAAUUUUAUUCACUCUAAUACAGGUCCUUAUUUGUGUGCUUUGGUUAACAGUUUCUCCUCCUUUCCCCUACAAGAACAUGAACUACUACAAAGAAAAGAUCAUAUUAGAAUGUAACUUGGGCUCACCUAUAGGCUUUUGGGCCAUACUGGGUUAUAUAGGAAUUCUGGCAUUGUUGUGCUUUAUUUUAGCAUUUCUAGCUAGAAAGCUGCCAGACAAUUUUAAUGAAGCUAAAUUCAUCACAUUCAGUAUCCUCAUAUUCUGUGCAGUUUGGAUUACCUUUAUACCAGCUUAUGUCAGCUCUCCUGGAAAAUUUACCGUAGCUGUGGAGAUAUUUGCUAUUUUAGCCUCUAGUUUUGCUCUGCUAUUCUGUAUAUUUACACCUAAAUGUUAUAUUAUUUUAUUUAAACCUGAGCUCAAUACGAAGAAACAUAUGAUGGGGAAAAUGGCAUGUAAAUGA